AUGCUUCACAGCGGCAGCCAGCGUUCAUUCAUCCGCACCGACGUGGCCAAGAGAUUGCAGUGUAAAGUCAUUGGCACGGAAGAGCUCUCACUGGUAACGUUUGGAAAUGCCAAGCCACGGAAUCAUUUACGUUGUCGACGCGUCUCUGUCACGCUGCGUGGACGAUUUAACGGCAGCACCGUCACAUUGGAAGCACUGGAAGUCCCCGAAGUGUGCACCGUGACAAGUCCACCGCUGAACAUUGAAGUGCUCGAGCUGUUGAGCGCCCGGAGGUAUGAUGCUGCGGACAUGUUUGACCCGGAAACUUGGCGCCCAGAGGACGUCAGCAUAUUAAUUGGCUCGGACGCUUAUUGGAAGGUCGCCACUGGAAAGAUUGAUCGCCUCAACGAGCAACUCACUGCCGUGGAAACGUCGUUCGGGUGGACUGUGCAGGGCAGUAGCUCGCACUACGAAGCUACAGCAACUAGUGCCCUUUUCUUAUCGGCUGGUGGUUCUCAUCAAGAGUGCAAUGAAUCGGCUAUGUGGCGCCUCGACACUAUUGGUAGUGAGAACCGGUGGUCAAGUACGGUAAAAGACAACCCUGACCUCGACAUAUUUGAGCACUGUCUGAGCAAGCAAGCUGGUCGUUACCAAGUGCCCCUGAUGAUGCAGGAGCCUGGCAUUCCGGCCGGUAGUGACAACAGACAGCUUGCAGCAUGUCGACUAAAUAUGCAGCUGAACAGAUUCAGGGAACAGCCCGACCUGCUGAAACAGUACGACGAAGCCAUCACUGCUUAUUUCAAGGAUGGUCAUGCCGAAAGAGUUGAUCAAGAGCAAAUUCCAGGCCCUAACAUUUAUUACAUGCCGCAUCAUGCUGUCAUCCGUCGCGAUGCAGUGACCACCAAGCUCCGGGUGGUUUUUGACGCGUCGUCUCAUGUCGUCGGAAAACCGUGCCUGAAUGACGUUUUAUCGAAAGGGGUGAAGCUUGGUGUUGACAUCGUGCAACUAUUGCUGUCCUUUCGUUGCUACCCAGUGAUUCUUGUGGCAGACAUCAAGAAAGCCUAUCUGCAAAUGCUCAUUCGUCCAGAAGACCGCGAUUUGCUACGCUUUCUAUGGGUUCAGCAACUGCCAACCAAGGAAGAGCCCAGCCCACCCAUUGUCGCAUGGCGGAUGACUAGGGUCCCUUUCGGAGCAGCAUCAAGUCCCUUUCUGCUUGCCGCCACGAUUCGCCAUCAUUUAGCGUCGUGUCGGGAAAAAUUUCCUGUGACAGUGUCCCUCCUGGAGAAGGCGUUUUAUGUGGAUGACCUCAUCCUUGGGGUGUCCACGGCGGAACAAGCCAUGACUGUAUACCAGGAAACACGCGCCAUAUUCGCUGACGCCUGCAUGGAGUUACGGAAAUGGGCAUCGAACUCCGACCUGCUAAAGCAACAGUUUAUCCAAGAUAACGUGGCCAUUGAGACUGAAGCAGGAGAUGACCAUCUCGUGAAGGUUUUGGGCCUGCCGUGGGAGCGUAAAGGCGAUACCAUCGCAUUGACAGUGCGCAACGCAGCCUCCUUCGCCGCAAACAGACCGGCCACCAAGCGCACGAUCCUUCAAACCGUAGCCAGCGUUUACGAUCCGCUUGGUUAUCUCUCCCCAUUCACCGUGAAAGGAAAGCUAAUUUUCCAGGACCUGUGGAAGCGGAAGCACUCCUGGGAUGACACGCUGCCAGAUGAAGUACAAGCUGCAUGGAACGCGUGGUGCACCGAGUUGCCAGAUGUCCAGGCACAGGUUCCUCGCUACGUGUUUCUGCACGACUGCAGCGUAGAGCUGGCAUUUGAACUGCUCAUAUUUAAUGAUGCCAGUCCUAAGGCUUAUGGUGCGUGUAUCUACGUUCGGGCGCUUUCUGCCGACGGGGCAUGCGUCACACGAUUGCUCAUCAGCCGAAGUCGCGUCGCUCCGCUCAAGACGAUGUCCCUGCCUCGACUGGAGCUGAUGGCCUGCGUUAGUGGAGCACGGCUAGCGGAGUACGUAUGGUCCGUGCCACGUCUCCAGCAGGCAUCCGCUCAUUUUUGGACCGACUCUCUCGUCGCUCUUCACUGGAUCCGAGCAAAAACAAGAAAUCGAUCUUUUCAUCAGCAAUCGUGUGGCCGAGAUAUCUAA